UCUCUCUCGUAUUCCUGUCUCCCUCUCACUCUAGCUCUCUUUGUCUCUGAUUCUAAGUUUCUUUCUUCUCCGUAAUCCCUCUCUCUCUCACCUUCUUUCUUCUCCGUAAUCCCUCUCUCUCUCACCCUUUCGCACAGCUUCCAUACCCAAUAAAGCUAAAAAGAAAAGCCCCAUUUCAUUUUCUUCUUCAUAUUCCCCUAUACACUCUCAAAUCCCUAGCUCUCUCUCACUCUAAUCUCUCUAUCUCUCAGUUGAAAUCAAACCCCAGACCCCAUUAUUCUUCCCCCCUCUCUCGUAUUCCUGUCUCCCUCUCACUCUAGCUCUCUCUGUCUCUCUUAUUCAAAGUUCACAUACCAACUUCUAACCGAAGGAACUCAGAAUCAUCUAGCCGAAAGGUAGUGAUUCCAAGAAAGGUGGUGGUGGAGGUUCGCAAGAUGGGAAGAUUGGGUCCAGCAAUGUCCUCACGAACCAGUACACAGCUUAAACAAAAGAUUGCUUCAGCCACCUCAGCCAUCAAAUCUGUUUUCGGCCAAGAACAGCCCAAGCAGGAUGCGACUGACAAACUGGAGCGACUAAGGGAGAGGAUGAUCAAAGUGCGGGAGCUUUUUCAGGACACUGAUUCAACAGAAUUUGUUAUUGUAACAAUUCCCACGGAUCACCAGAAAAAUCCAUGCUUAAAAAGCUUGCUAAGAGCAAGUCUUGAGAGUUUUGAAUUCAAAUGAUAUUUUGUCUGCAUUUUAA